ACAAUGGCUGCAGCUGCUACCACCUCCCUCCAUUUCGCUAUGUACCCUUGGUUUGCCCUUGGCCAUCUCACUCCAUUUCUCCAUCUCUCAAACAAGUUAGCCAAAAAAGGCCACAAAAUAUCCUUCUUCAUCCCCACCAAAACGCUUCCCAAAUUGCAGCCCUUAAAUCAAUUUCCUAAUCUCAUUGCCUUCAUCCCCAUCACUGUUCCUCAUGUUGAAGGCCUUCCCCAUGGCGCCGAGACCACUUCGGAUGUCCCUUACCCUCUCCACACCCUCAUCAUGACUGCCAUGGAUCUCACUCAAUCUCAAAUCAACCUCCUCCUUGAAGACUUAAAGCCUCAUCUCAUCUUCUUUGAUUUCACUCAUUGGUUGCCACAAUUGGCUCGCCAAUUGGGUAUCAAAUCAAUUCAUUAUUGUGUCACAAGUGCCGCCAUGAUUGCUUAUACUCUAGCCCCAUCAAGGCAAUUCUCUAAAAACGAGUUAACCGAGGAAGAUCUCAUGAACCCUCCUCUUGGAUACCCUAGCUCCAACAUUAAGCUCCAUGCUCAUGAGGCUAAAGUUUUUGCAUCAAGAAGGAAGUGGAAAUUUGGAAGUGAUGUUCUUUUCUAUGAUCGUCAAUUCAUUAGUUUUAGUGAAUGUGAUGCAAUAGGGUUUAGAACAUGUCAUGAAAUUGAAGGAGAUUUUGUAAAUUAUCUUCAAAUUGAGUUCAAAAAACCUAUUUUUCUAUCUGGGUCAGUCAUACCUGAGCCAUUAACAACACCUCUAGAGGAG